AUAUAACGACAACCCUCAAUCAUCAUACCAAGAAAUCAAUCUUCCCAUAUCAACGUGUUCGCAUGUCAUUGGCCAUUUGUGUACAGAACUAUUGUUCUCUCUCUCUCUCUCACUCACUCUUUCUUAAGAAGCAAUUUGCCAUAAUUCUUCAAUCAAAUAUUCCUCUCUUCUUCUCCUCCCUUUGCUUUGUAGUUUGUUCCACCGAAUUAUAUAUCUAUGUAUAGAUAUAAAAGUUGGUUCAGUGAGGGCAGUCCCAUUCAGUCAUUUUAGUUGAGAGGUUCUGGUUCAGAUCUGAGUCUGAAAGCAUCCGCUACUCACUGCAAUGGGGGAAAAGGAAAAGGUUACGAUUAUGGUGUUGAAGGUGGAUCUUGGGUGUCACAAAUGCUAUAAGAAGGUCAAAAAAGUUCUCUGUAAAUUCCCCCAAAUACGAGACCAGAUAUACGACGAGAAGCAAAACCAAGUGGUGAUCAAAGUGGUAUGCUGUAGUCCAGAAAAGAUAAGGGACAAGAUUUGCUGCAAAGGUGGAGGUGCCAUAAAAAGCAUUGAGAUCAAAGAGCCAGAGAAGCCCAAGCCACCACCGGCCGAGAAACCCAAAGAGCCCGAAAAACCUAAACCGGCAGAGAAACCCAAAGUGCCCGAAAAACCUAAACCGACGACUGAGAAACCCAAAGAGCCUGAAAAACCUAAACCGGCAGAGAAACCCAAAGAGCCUGAAAAACCUAAACCGGCAGAUAAACCCAAGGAACCUGAAAAUCCUAAACCUGCACCGCCACCAGCGGAGCCAGUGAAACCGCCAAAACCUGCACCGCCACCGGCUGAGCCAGUGAAGCCUUCUCCUCCUCCAGUGCAGCCGGGUCCUGUUGUGCCAGGGUACCCACCGCCUGUCCAAGUAAACGCGUGUUGUAUGGAUUGUUACCAGGGGCAUCCAGGUGGGCCAUGCUACAAUGGUUAUGGCGGUGGGCCUGCCCCAUACAUACAAUAUGAUGGUUACUAUGGAAGACCUGUGUAUGACAGUUACGGCGGUGGAAACAGAAGCUACUGUGUUACCCGCCCUGAUUGUUUCAGUGAAGAAAAUCCCUCAGCUUGCACAGUCAUGUAAAUCAUCGAUCAUCUUCUUUGAACCGGGACGUCUUGUUCAAUCUUGGAUUAAUAUUUUAGUAGUCUUUGUUGGUUUAAUAUUUAAUAUUAUCAGAGGACCAUAUUGUUAAGUGAAUAAUAAAGUUGGUUGAUGAUGUUGGUGGUCAAGUCACAAUCACGUAUAUCUGUCCAUUAUAUAAUUGAUUAUCUAGAGAGAAAGAGAGACAUCAUGAAGAUGAAGUUGUUGGCUGCUACAAUUUUCAAUGAAAUAAAAGUUUAGUUAUUCUCUAA